AUGAAGAAAUUGUUAUUGCUAUUGCUUGCUACCUUAAGUUUUGCUGAGGUUUGUGUUGUUAGAGUAGGAAUGACAUAUUACGAAGCAAGAGAUUUAGAAAUAAGUCGAUUCAAUUGUUAUAUGAAUUUUGAUGGAACCAUUGAAGCACUUACAAGAUGGGUUGAUAUAAUUGAACAUCGAGAACAAUUGUUAAAUGACUUAGAAGUUUUAGCUAAAAUGAUUAAGAUUAUUGAGAAUGCUAAGUAGGCUACAACAGUGAUUCGUGAUUAUGAGAGAAAUCGUCCAUCUUUCAAAGCAUUUCUAUAAAAUGAGUGGACAUCAUGUAGAAUUGAAGAUGCUUAUGAAUAUGUUUAACGUCUUAAUGCUUAAAGAUCAAAAGAAGAACGAGUUGCAUUGGCUAAUUCAAUUAUAAAUUACUUAAGAAAUGCAGAGAGAUAAAUCUACGGAUAUGUGGAUUCAUGUAGAAAUGUAAGAUUAACUACACAUUUGAAAUAAAAGAUUGCAUAAUUAAAGGCUUUGAAAUAAGUUUGUGAAUAAGAACUUUAAAAAUAAUCACCUAGAGAUGUUAUAAUAGAAAGUGAUAAUGAUGAUAUAGUAUAUUAUUUUGAAGAAUAAGUCAAUGAAGAUGUUUAUGAUUAUGUAUAUGUUUAUGAAGAUGAAAUGGAAGCUGAAUUUCCAGUAGAUGAUUCAGAACCUUAAGUUUAUAAAUAUGCUUAAAAUCCAAAGGUGACAAAGAGUACUGUUAUUAAAACAAGAGAAAUAUAUGGUAAUUAAAAGGAUACAAGUAAAGUUGUUGAUGCUCAUUCUACUUAUGGACCUAUUGAAUAUAUUAGAAGUGGAGUUGGAGAAGAGUGUGAAUAUUAUGGAGAUACAGUAAAUUAACCAGAACCAGAAUAUGUAGAUGGAAUGGAGGAAACAGAAGAACAACCUUAAUAAAUUAUUGAUGAUCCAGUACCAGAUGAUGAAAAGAUUACUGAAGAAGAAAGCAAGGAGGAUGAAACUAUAACAGAAGAAAUUACUGAAGAGGUACCAGUGCCAGAUGAUGAGAAAGUUACAGAAGAAAUUAUUGAAGAUGAACCAGUACCAGAUGAUGAAAAAAUUACAGAAGAAGAAGUUACAAUUGAAAUUACAGAAGAGACUCUUGAAGAAAUUAUUCAAGAAGAGAAAAAUGAAGAUAAAAUUGUUGAUAAGAAAAAAGUUAAACCAAAAUAAAAAGAAAAAACAAAGAAAGAUGAGAAACCUAGAAAAAUUAAUUAAUAAGAUGCUGAAGUAAUUACUAAGAAGAAAAAAACUGAAUAAAAAAAAAUAUCUAAUGAGAAAAAAAAUACUAUUGAUACUACUAAAAAAUAAAAAGUUAUAUCAGAAAAUCAAUAAAAGAAAAAUAUUGUUGAAGAAAAAUAAUAAGAUAAAAAGAAUGAUGAUCCUGUUGAUGAAAAAAAAGAAAAUGGAGAAGAAGAUGGAGAAAUAUGUGUACCUUAGUUUAGAAAGAAAACAAAGAAGGUUUUGAAAAAAGUUAAAAGAACUGGAGCUAAAAGUAAACCUGGUGAGAAAACAAGAAAAUAAGCCAAAUAAGAAAAGAAAAUGGCAAAAAAGUAACCAUUACCUGCUAUUUGUUAUGGAAAUAAAAAUUAUGUUGAAGAAAUUGUUGGAGAAGAGGUCAUUGAAUCUUAAAAGAAAGGAGCUAAUUACUUGGCUGUAGAGAACUUACUUAAUGAUGUAAUUAAUGAAGAAAAGCAUGAUCAAUAAAAUGAGCAUGAUAGGUCUAUCAAAUUAACAUCAGUUAAGGAGGAAUUUAAUGCAAAUGAACCAACAUAAUUUUAACCUCCUAAACAUAGAGCAAGUAGUGGUAGAGUUCAAGAAAAGAAAGUUAUUGCUGUAAACACUAAGUAUUUCAAUUCAGAAUUUGAUGGAGAACCAACUCAAGUUUUUGAAUUCGAAGAUAGAGCUCUUUUGUAAGAUGCAUCUGAAUAUGGUUAUGGAUAUUGGGUAAGAUUCAGUGAACACUCAAUCAAAUAACAUGCUCGUGAAGAGGGAUAAUAUUAUUUCUUAUCAAGAAUGACUACAAAUGAAGAAUAUUAAGAUUUUUCAUUUUAUGGUGACAGAACAUUAGCUCUAUUUCUGUAUGACAAUUCCUUUGUAUUUUCUACAUAUGAUAUUACAACCUAAAGUAAAACAAAAGACACAAAUGUUGUAUUGAAUGAGAAUAUGGAUAGUAUUUGGUAUUUUGUGGCAUACACUUACAGCUCUUAAUAAAGGAAGGCAGUUGGAUACAUAGUAAAAUAUGGAUAAGGUGCACCAAAAUAUAGAAUUGAAAUUGAUGCUUAACAUGUACCACCAACAUAUGUAAAAUUCAUUUUUGGAGGAAAACAUUUAGAUUAUUUAGGAUUAAAUGGAUAAUUUGCUAAUAUCUUUUAUGACGUUGAUGCUCCAGCAUUUAUUGAUGGAGAUGAUGCAUUGGAAGAAACUAUCAAGACACUCAGUAAUAUGCCUUAAUAGUUGCCCAUUUUGAUUGAGGAAACAAUCAUCAGUAAACCAAUUACAUUAAGUGGUAAUGAGAAAGGUGAACAUUUUCAUUUUGAUCCAUAAGAAUCGCAAUUAUUAAUUGAAGAAUAUGCAGUUGCAUUUUGGUUUAGAUGGGUAGAUGACCUUAAAGUAGAUGAACCUAAUGCCUUUUAAUUAAUUAAUCUAAGAUCUAAUAAAGUACGUACUUAAGGAAAAGGAAUCUUAGGAGAUAGAGCUUUAGAAGUUCAUCAUGUAUAUGGAGGAGGCAUAAAGAGCAAUGUAUAUUUUAAUACUUAUACUGUAUAUGGAAACAGAGGCAAAGGAUCUGUAAAUAUGUUAAAGAGUGUUGAAAGUGUUGAAUAUUUAUGGACUUAUGUAUACUUUGGGUACAAAGAAGGAAGAGCUUAUGGUGCCUUAAUAAAACCUUAAGUAACUGGGGAAGUGAAAUUUGAUGGAAUUUAUCAUAAACAAGUUAAUCAUCUCAGUGUUACAGUAGGAGGAGAUGAGACAAUUUCACCAUUUAAUGGAAAGAUAGCUUUUGUAGGUAUCUAUUUAGGCGAAGGAGCAUAUAGAGAAGGUCUUGAUUUCUAGACCUCUUUUAAUUAUGGAGAAGGAGUGAUGGGAGUAUAUUAAGUAGGAAAGCCAGUGACAUAUUUGGGUGUUGAUUAAAGUAGAUAUGUAGAAUUCGAUUAAGUGGAUAAUGUUGUUGAUAAGAUAAUUAUUCAUGAUGAGAAUGGAAUGAAAAUUAAUGGCUAAAGUGAAUAUGCAUUUGGUCUUUGGACUAGAUGGUUGACCACAUUACCAAAAUAUUUAAAUAAGAGAUAGCCAGUUCAUAACAUAGCUAGAGUUGGUACUCAAGGGUAUAUAAUUGAAUCAGUUGAUGGAAAAUGGGUUAGAGCUAAUGGUGGUAGACCUUAAACUGUAAAAGAUACUACACUAUCUUGUGUUUUAACUUAAGAAUCAUAUGAAUUUUAGACUCUUAGUCUGAAGGAUGAUAUUCAAUUCACUAAUUUAGAAGGGUAAUGGAAUUAUGUUUAUUUUGGAUAUAAAAGAUAGGGUGAUAAUGGAGUUGCCAAAGGUUACAUUCAAUUUGGUGUGGAUGGUGAAAUAGAAGAGGUAGCAUUCACUGUUUAUCAUGAUUUCUUAGUAGAGUAUGUAGAAUUCAUAGUUGGGAAAACAUCAGCUCCAUUAUUUAAUGGUGAAUUAGCAAGAGUUACUUUUAGCUUUGGUCCUGGAGCAUUUAUACCAAAUAAAGAAACUUUGAGAGUGUUUACAUAAAAUUCAUUACCAGAAAAGGCAUAAAUUCAUCCAGUGACUAGAUAGACUUUACAAUUAUUUGGAUCUGCAAUUACAAUAGCUGAAGAUCCAAUCUAAUUUGAGUUUGAUAAAUAUUAGGGUGCAGAAGAAUACUCAGUUUCUGGAUGGGUUAGAUGGAGUGGUCCACUUGUUACUGGUAAGGAAUCACAUGUAAUAACAUUGGCUUAAAAGAGAUUAUUAGAUAUUGAUGGAAAUAAAGAAGAAACUUUGUAAAUCAUAAGAGGAGAUUCUCUUUAUAGAUUUAUUACUUAUACAAAUAAUGGAAAAUUGAUUCCUGCUGAAUAAGAGUUCCAUGAAUAUGCUGAUUAAUGGACCUACUUAUAUUAUGGUUAUUAAAAGUAAUAACUUAAAACAUAUGGUUAUGUAAGAUUUGCAUUUUCAGAUGCUGAGUUUACAUAAGAAAACAUUUCUCAUUUCUACUUAGCUGUAUUUAGUAUACUCGUUGGUCAUGGAAGAUAGUCCUAUGUAGAUUUUAUUGGGUAGAUGAAAACAUGGGUAGUGAAUGUAGGUUUUGGAGCAUAUAGAGAAGGUAAUUUUGAAGAAGAUGAAAAUAUAAAAAUACAUUUUGGAUUUAUUAGUGGAGCUGAUCAUAUUAAAUAGGCAGGAUAAGAGGCUCAUCAUGAAGAGAAGAUCUUGGAAUGUGCAACAAAUGAAGAAGAACCUCCUAUGCAAAUUCAUUUUGAAUAAAGUUCAACUUUGUAAUUACAUGGAGUUUCAGAAUAUGGUUAUGGAUUUUGGUUGAGAUAUCAAUAUUUUGGAUCUAAAUAAAAGAUUUAUACAUAACCUCAAUUAAUGGGAGUUGCCAGAUUGACAAGUAAUAGAGAAUAUAAAGAUUUUGAUAAUCCAGGUGAUAGAGUCUUGUUAGUGUUGAUGAGUAGGAAAGCCUUUUCUUUUGGCACUUAUGAUGUUACAACUAGAUCAAAUAAUGUUGGAGGUGAUCUGGAAUACAAGAGAGAGAGUGAAGGAGAAUGGCAAUAUCUAUAUUUUAGUUAUAAGAGACAGACAUAAUAGGAAGGACAUGCAAUAGCAUUUACUUAAUUUAGAGAUCAUACUGAAGGAUUAAAGAUGGAUGUAUUGCAUUCUUUAUUAACACAUUAUUUAUAUUUUUCAGUUGGUCAUGCUGGUAAAUAUUAUGCUAAUUUCAAUGGUUAAAUAACCAAGGUUAGAUUUAACUUAGGUCCAGGAUCUUUUAUUGAAAACAAAGCUGAUUUGUUAUCUAGAAUAAAGACUAAGGAUACUAUUCCAGAUAUUGAAUAAGUAAGUAAGAAUAUUGAAAUUUUAUCUGGAAUACAUGAUGUAAGAAAACUUGAUGAAAAACAUCAUUUAACAAAAUUUAAUCAAGAAAUUAGAGAGUACGGGGUUUAAUUAUGGUUUAGAUGGUUCAAGAGCUAAAAGAGUACUUAAUUAAUGUAUAGAUUGACAACAAAUGGAGAAGAUACUCUUGGGGAUGCUCAAAAGAUAGGUGAUAGGACUUUAGUAAUGUGUCAUACAGAAGGGUUGGAAUUCAGUACUUAUAGUUUGGGUGAUAAGACAGUUUAAUUAAAUAAUGCAUAUCAAGUUUAGAUUGCUAAAUAGAAUUUGGAAGUUUGGACAUUUGCUUAUUUUGCUUAUUCAAAGGAGAGCCAAUAAAUAGUUUAUUAUAUUAAUACUGAAGAUAAUGAGUAACAUGCCUUAGAAUCAGCUUUACAUGCUGUCUCAUCAAAUUAUUGGUUCUAUUUGGCUAAAGAUGCACUCUUAAAUUCAUAUGAUAGUCGUUUGGCUUAAAUAGUAUUGAGUUUAGGUACUGGGGCAUUUAGAAAAGAUAAUUUCAAAGGUUUAAUGGUAUAUUUACAAUCUCCAAAACUAUUUAAUCCAAAUGCAAAAUUACAGUGGGAUUACGAAGAAGAUGAGUUAGUACUAGAUUCAUAAGAUACUACUAAAUAAGGUGUAACAAUAAGAAUUGCUGAACCAAAUCAAAAGAUAGAGAGUAUUUAAGAAUAUUCAAUUGGAUUAUGGAUGCGUUUCUUGUAGGCAUGGCCAUCAAGAUUAUGGAAUAUACCAAGUGAAAUGUAAAUUUUCAGAUUGACUUCAAAUGAGGAAUUGGAGAAUGGCAAGAUUAUUAUUGGUGAUAGAGUAUUGAGUGCAUAUUUGGUACAUGAUAACUUUUAAUUUGGUGCAUAUGAUAUAAAUGAGGAUGCUCCAAAUGAAAUAUCUACAAUAUCUUAUUCUUCAUUAGAGGGUAAAUGGCAUUAUAUUUAUGCUGGAUAUAAGAGAUCAAUAUAGGAAGCUAUUUAUUAUGUAUAUGAUGGAGAACACAUAUAAAAAACAAAGAACGAAUAGUUAUUAUAAAGACCAUUGAAUGAGUGGAUUAAGUUGAUAUUAGGUGGAGAGAAGAAUGUUGCAGGAUUUCAUGGAUUGUUUAGUUAGAUUUCAGCUCAUUUAGGUAAAGAAGCAUUUGUAGAUAAUGAAGAGCAAUUAUUAAAAUCAAUAGAAUCUAGUUAUGCUUUACCAUUGGAAUUAACAGUUGGUUAUAUUUAAAAGUAGAAGAAGGGAUAAGUGGAAUUAGAAUAAUAUAAGAUACAAGAAUUAACUCAAUUAUAAGGAAUAGGAGAAUAUGCUAUAAGUGGAUGGUUUAAGAUUGCGGAGAUACAAACUAAAAUUGAAGGGGAAAUUAAUUCUCCAUGUCAAAUAUUAUUUAGAUUGACCAAUAAUAAUGAAGAACAUUUGUCUGAUAGGAAAUAAUAAGGAGAUAGAACAUUGCAUGCUUAAAUUUGUACAAGUGACACAGUUAAGGUUAGUACUUAUAGCAUUGUAGGAUUGAAGGAUUGGAAUGAAGCUAAGUUUUUGGAAGCAAAGGCAGAAAUGGGUAAUUCAAAGAGAGCUUGGACAUACUUUUAUAUGAGUUAUAGUGAAGAAAAGAGAGAGGUUGCAACAUUAAUAAAAUUAUUUGAAAAAGAUGUUCCUAUUUUAUUUAAAGAUGUAUAACAUUUUGUUGCAAAUAAUAUGUUUAUUUAUUUAGGUAAAGAUUCUUUUAGCAGGAAAUUCUAAGGAGAAUAACAUAAAUGGGAAUUAUUAUUUGGAUCUGGAUCUCAUACUUAUAAUGAAGAAACGAUGCCAAAUUUAAGAUAUAUUAUUAAGAAUCAGAAAAAUAUGUGGUUUAUGAAAGAAGAUAAGAAAAUUGAUAAUAAAUUUGAAUAAACUUUCAAUAAAGAAGUUGAAUCUGUAGAUGAAUAUGCUGUUGGUAUGUGGACUAGAUGGUUGAUAGCAUUUCCAACUACUUUGACUGAAAGAUCAGAUACUCACACUAUCUUCCGUCUUUCAUAGACUACAGAAUAUUAGGAUAAGGCAGAAUUAGGAAAUAGAGCUUUAUCUGCAUUCCUCAAAAAAGGAUUUUAUGAAUUUAGUACUUAUGAUGUAUCAGCUCCAAGUAAUGCUGUUGAUACUAAAGUAAACUAUGAAAAUAUAGAAGGAGAAUGGAAUUACAUUUAUGCAGGUUAUAAAAAUAAAUAGUUUUAUGGAUUAAUUAUUUUUAGAGAUAGAGAGCAUAUUGAAGAAGUUAAAUUAGAUGUGACUCAUCUUGUAUUUACAGGACAUGCCAGUUUGGUUCUUUCAGCAAAUGAAUUUGGUUAUAAAGCAUUUCAUGGAUGGAUUUAUGAUCCAAGAGUAUUUUUGGGUGUUGGUGCAUUCAUAAAUAAUCCAGAUACAAUAGCAGAAAUGGUUCAUAAAUUACAUCGUAAAAUUCCAAUUAGUUCAUAAUCUACUGAAGGAUUUGGAUGGCCAGUCAAAAUGCUUGAUUCCACCAAUUGGGAUGAUUUAGAUGAAAAAAAGAGUGAACUUAAAUAUGAGUUUAAUGAUAAAUAAGAAAUGCUAAGUUAUAGUAUUGGAUUUUGGUAUUAAAAUGCCCCAUUAUUACCAGAAAUGGAAGAUGAAUUCAGAGGAUUAUUAAGAUUAACUUCAAAUAAUGAAGAAGUUGGUUAAGAUAAUUAAUUCAUUGGAGAUAGAACAUUAGCACUAUUUACUAAAGUAAAUGAAUUAGUGGCUGCAACUUAUACUAUUAAGGAUCCUUCAUUUGAACCUUUAUAACAUUCAUUUAAUGUUAAUCCAUAUUAAUGGACCUUUGUGUAUUAUGGUUAUCAUUAACAUGAAGUAAGGGCUUAUAUUUUACAACCAGCUGGAAUUCAAGAGCAUACUCAAAAAGCAACUCACAUGAUUCCAAAUAAACUGUACCUUCAUUUAGUAAAUGAUAUUGGACAUCCUUCAUUUUGGGUAUCUUUUUUAUUUAUUUAUUUCUUUAGGGCAAAUUAUAUGGAUUAAAAGUCAAUUUUGGUGACGGUAGUUACUUAGAUAAACCUUAGUAACUCAUCGAUAGAUGGCCUUUCGAUCCUAAUAAGAUUACAUUAACUAAACAAGAAACAGGUUCUAAAGAAUGA